AUGGAAAAUGAACACUCUAAUGAUAUUGUUUUCCAAGGUCAUACGGAUUCAGUAACAAGCUUAAGUUACAACGACCAACUUGAACACGUCGUCUCAGUGAGUUGCGACCAAACACUGCGCGUGUGGUCUCUUAAAACGAGGGAACAAAUAGGUAUCACAUCAAAACAUGCUACACAACUCAACAGCGUAAACAUAGACAGUAAUGGGUUAAAUAUUAUAUCAAGUGGGAUGGAUUUUAGAACCUGUUUGUUUGAUUAUGAAACUUUAAAACUCAAGUUUGUCCUACUGAACGGAGGUGCAGUUACUGAUCAUUCAAUCACCAAGGAUGGUAAUUGUUUGGUAUGUGUUACUGAUAUCAGCUGCCAAAUGAACUUAUGGGAUUUAAGAUGGCGAAAGAAAGUUUUUUCGAUUCCAGAUAUUCACGAAAAUACACCAACAUGUUGUCUGUUUACUCCGAAUGAAAAUUGUGUAGUUACAACAUCAACAGAUGGAUCCGCAAAAUGCACAGACCUGCGAUCUCUCAAAACAUUACUGACCUUGCGUGAUCAUAGGAAUGCUGUAUCAUCGGCAGCCAUCGCUAGAGACGGAAAGUUGCUGGUAACAACAUCAUGGGACAAAGCGGUUCAUCUAUACGACAUUGAGACUGGAAACUACAGGAGAGAGGGACCACAGAUUUUAGCUGAUGGUCACACUGGUUCUAUAAGUAGCUGUGACAUAGACGAUAAUGGGAUCUAUCUGGCGACUGGAGGUCACGACAAGUGUGUUAUAUUAUGGGAUACUGAGAAAAAAGAAGUCAAGCUGUGUCUCAAGAUUGGAUUAAUGACGUACACAUGA